ACAUGAAGCUGAGGUUAGAAACUUCCUGUAUACUCUAAGAGACAGACUCUCAGGACGAUUUCUAACCUAACUUAUAUACCUUGGAAUAAAAGGGAGGAUUUGGACACCUUGAAAUAUGACUCGGACACAGCCAAAGAGGCGAAGCUUGGGUGCAGACUCAUUUGGGUCCACAGUUACAAUGCUCUCAAAUCAAGAAAAAGAUUGCUGCUCCAAAUGCUGCACUCGCCGGUGUGUAUGUAUUACUGUGGGAGUUCUGCUCGUGCUGCUGGGAAUCGCAUUAGCAAUUGUUUUUUCAGUUGUUUUCGCCCUCCCAUCACAGGCCCCAGAGACUCGCUCAUGUGUGACAUCAAAUAACUACACAGGAUUCCUUUGUGAUGACAGAAUAACAUGUCUGCUGCCUUCCCAAGUCUGUAAUUCAGUCAAUGAUUGUGGUAAUGGGGAAGAUGAGACUUCCUCUUUAUGCAGUAACUUGCCUAAUAAUUUACCUGGAUACUUAAUCUUCCGUUGUGGGAAUCCAUCUAAUUGGAUUUAUAGCAAUCUGAAGUGCAAUGAAAUCAAUAACUGCGGAGAUUGCUCAGAUGAGUCUCAGUCAUAUGCUUCCUGCCCUGCCUGCGGUUCUCAGUGGUGGACUUGUACACCCGUUCUUUUCCAGUACUGCAACUGUAUUCCUAUCAGUCUAUGCCAGAAUGGAGUCCAAGACUGUACAGACUGGUCUGAUGAGUAUGUCUGCCGCAAGUGAAAGCUGAAUUCAGCGACAUUCCCUAAAUGUAUAUAUAUUUUUGCAUGCUUGUUUGUCUUUGUACAUACUAUUAUAUGCAGACUUACUAUAAGCAGAAUCUCUUGCAUUGAUACAAUGCAUACUCAUGUCUUGUCAGCAGUACAGUAUAUUUCCCAGCAUUCUCAGCCAUCAGUGCUGGCAGCAGUAGUCCACAACUGAAGAUCCAAAAGGUUGUCACCUCUGAGCUAGGCUUUUCAGCCUAAAUGUGAAUUACACAUUAUAGUCAGAUAAUGUAGGUCAUUAGGUUGCACUAAGAGGACAGAGAUUUUAAAAAAUAUGUUAAAAAAGUGUGUAUUGUCAGUGUAAACUAUUCCCAUUUCAUUCAGGGGUAUCACCUUCCUACUUCUACUCUGUCCCUAAGAAAAGCUUCUCCAACAAGUUUGCUACUAAACAAGUGCAAGAUAAGGAAUAGUUGCAUCUGCACUUCAGAUGGAGUUUAUCAUUUUCACUGUGCAAAUAAACAGAGGAAAGGGUUAAUCUAAAGGCCAUAUCCAGUUAUGGAGCUUAGCCCACUAAAAGCAAGUGUGAAGUUUUUACUUUUAUUACUACUGUAAAUUUUUGUCUUUCACUGAGCCAAUUUGCAAAGGUUUAUUUAAAGGGGCAGUUCACCUUGAAUUUAACUUUAAGAAUGAUAUAGACUAUUCUGAGGUCAGCGACACAGGGGUCAUUUUUGCAGCUGCUGCCACCCUGCAAAAAUCAGCAGCAGUCACUGUCUACCUGUUACCACUCGUGAUGUAAUGGGAAUUUCUCCCAGGUGACAUACAUGGAGUAGUGGACCUCUGUGCAUAAACCACUAAAGUGUCCAUUUUAUAACAUAAGGAGUGGUGAAAAGCAUUUGGGGGACAAAAAGUCCUGUGUGCCAUAAGCUUAA